AUGAAUUUAAAGGGUUGUUUGUUCAUUGGCACGUUCUUGUGCAUGUUACUGGUAUCCACAAAUGCUUGGUGGCCGUUUUCCAGCUCGUCUACUGAAGACACUGAAGCAGAGCAAGGUCGUUAUUUGAAGAACAGCCCUGUUCCUUUUGAAAUGACGACAGCCGAAGAAAAAUUUUUAGCUGAGGCAAAGAAGUAUAUGGGAAAUCUUACUCCAUUGGACACCUGUCAUCAGAUUGUAAGCAAUAAAAUCUUGAAAGAAUAUACCAUUAUUUUUAAUUUCACAAAUUAUGUUUUGACAAUAGAGGUAAACACUCCAUAGAUAAAUGAACAACCAUGAAAUGGUAAACGCGGAUUAUAUUCACUUCUUUUUAAAAAGUUUCUGUAGUACGGGGCAUGCUCAGCACGCGAGGAAGAGUACACGUGAAACUGUUCUACGAUUCUGUCAUAUAAAAUUUUUGUAAUCUUUCAUGAUCACUAGGUCAUAAACCGAAUCAAGAAAUCCUGUAGCGAUAUCAAUGAAGUUGAACUGGCAAAGCUGGGCGUGGCUCUCUUAAACUGCCAAUCAAAAUCCGAAGGAAGAAGAACGUACAGGUGCACAGACGACAUGGUGAGUUUUGUUGAUGAAAUUUUAGUUUCGUUUUUUCAAUGAUCGCUUUUGAGUGGCGAGGCCAGUUUUGACAAUCAUCAAAAAAAAUGUGGAAACCGAAGUCAAGGUCAUUUUCUUUUGUAAUUUUGGUAUAGGAACUGCGUGAUUGCACAAAUGGUAUGGAUGCCAAUACAUGGAACAGUUAUCACAUAAUCAGCAACAGGGCGCGGUCGAUCUGCUACGCCACUCGGCAGCAGCAGUUCAGACUGAAGACAGAAUUUACUGUCAAUCAGCUGGCCAGUCAAGCAGAAAAUCAAAUGGAGCUUAUGAACGGUUUACAAGUAAGUUUCAAUUAUUCCUGUUUUUUCCUUCAGACAAGCUAUGUGUCGAUUUAGGUGACGAGAAAUCUGUCUAAAAGGUGUGAGUUUCUCAUUUAAAACAUGUUCAAAUUGGACAAAAAUGACUAGAAAGUUUUGCACAAUUUUAAUGCUGUGAUGAUAAGGUUUGUCAGCUGAUUUCACGAAAGUCAUUUAAACAUUCUACUAAUGAGGCCCCUACAAGCAUUUAUUAACCUGUCACUGACAUGCAGUCUUUGCUUGGAAGGGCUGAAGAAGAAAUGGCUUCGAAUAAUACGAUCGGUGGGGAAAGGCGGGAGGGAAGCAGCAAGGCUUUCUAAUUUCUUCUCCUCGUCCCUCCCCACACCCUUCCCACUCCCUCCUACCUCUAUUUCUUCCCACUUUCCCCUUCCCCCCUCCUCGACCAGAAAGCCUGUUGAUAGGCUCAACCCCUAUAUUUGUUCAAUCAAACAGGAAGGUCAAAGGAGACUGACAGAAGCAGCAGAUGAUACCGUGAUUAGAGUGACCGCUGGUCAGGAACGUCUUGUAAGACAGCAAGCGAAACUACAUGCCAGCUAUGACGAUGUGCAGCGGUCGAUCUCGUUCUCAUUAAGAGGGAAUGUCAGGGCACUGCACCAGGAAAGAAUGAUGAUAGACAGCGGCCGGAAACAGCUCAAAGAGAUGGCAAAAACGGUCCAAGACAAGCUUGGUUUGUUUAUUUGAGAGUUUUUGAUCAAAGAAAGUUCUUUCCUUCAACUUCGCUUGGUUAUUGUCCCCCUCCUUCUUUUAAGAAAGAGCCUGUAGUUAAUCAUUUUAGAGUACAGCGACCUUCAUCAGAAAAUUCAAUUUUGAGAAUAAAUUUUCUACCUUAUCCUGGUAACGUUCUAACACGUUGUAAAUGUUUUGUUUAAUGAGCUUGUUCCAAAUCAACUCAUUAAAAUAGAUACAAAUACACGUAAACAAACUAAGUAGAACUUAUGAAUAAAGGAGUAAGUUUCUAAAGAAACUGUGGUGCUGCGUCGGUGGGAGUAUAGCAGGUAAUUUAGUGUUAACAACUGGGUUGAAAACGUAAAUUAGCCACCGUAAAGGGUAAAAAAGCUGACGUUUCGAGCGUUAGCCCUUCGUCAGAGCGAUUGUAAUAAGUAGAACUUAACAGUGGUCUCUCGACAGAGGGGUCAAUUCUUUGUCCAAUAACGUAAAACUAUUUUCUGUUCUUUAAUAAACAGAGAGUGCUACAACAGAAAUUCAGAAACAGGAUCUGAACCGUAAAAUUAGCCACCGCUUAAUUUUAGAGGACUUAAACGAUAUUCGCAGCAAGGCGGAAGAAGUGUGGAAUAAGAUAGGUAACAGAGACUAUGAUUAUAUGGAGACAAUGACUAAAUGACUUAGAAGGAAUUUCUUGUUAAAAAAUUGAUGUUGAACUCAGCCGACAACGACCCAAACGAAAUUUAAUAAGGGCAACAGAGCUAUAGUCUAUUCGACUGGGUAUUCAGAAAUCAAACCCAACGUAAUCAUCACAAUGGCCAAUCAAGUGCUUCCAAUAAGAAUCUAAAGUGGAUACAAAGCGCGGGUGAGCAAUUCUGGAUUGUUUUCUUUCUGCACCAAUCAAAAAGCUUCUGCGCUUCUCCUCUACUGGUGCAAUUAUGCAUCAAAGACAAUGUCAAUUUUUUUGUUUUUCCUUCUGAUUAAACUUGUUUGUAUUUGGUUGUAGACCACAGCACCCUUCAAAUGAUGUCGUACCACAGUGAGACCACUCAACAUUACAAUCAGACAAUGGAAAAUCUGAAAAUUAUCAACGAUACUAUUGGAUAUUUAAUUGAGGUAAGAGAAAUCUGAUGGGAAAUCAACAAGUCUGAUUAAAACAAAACUACGUGUCUUGGUUAUGCUUGUAUUUUAAAGACUUUUACAUGCUUUGUCCUCAACAAAGGAGCUUUUCAUAGAAUUGUCGUUUGCUUAAAAUGAUUACUUCACGAAAGAGUUUCUAAAACAAGUGUUAAUAUGUAACUUAUUUUCUCAGGUGACCAAUCAGAUGCAAGAUAAAAUCGACAACAGACUUAAUUGGUUGACACGACAUCUAGGAGGAACUGGAGACAAACUAGUGGUGGUCACCACCUGCUUGAUGCAUGCUGGGUAUUUCCUCUUAGCGACCCUUUGUAUUUUGUUCCUGAAUGCGCCUCUCUUCACUCGACUUGUUCUCUUGGUCGCAGUACCGAUCAACGCAUGGAGCGAGAUCAAUUUUGACUCCAGUUUAUCGUACAGUACACUUUCAUCGAUCAUCUCUGUGGCUCUACUAGGUAAGUACUGGCACAUCAUAAUACCGCGUUUGUCUUAAAAGAUAGAAGUUUAUGCGACGGGUGAAGAACUUUGAGACAAUUAGGAUAAUUUUUGCCCAUCAAUGAUCGUUUGCGGAAAAACGACAUCUUUACUACAACUAAAUUUUUCUUGGUCUGUCUGUGGUUGUGAGUUUACCGAUUGACACGAAUCUUCCAUACAAUUGCGAAAGCUUCAUCAGGGCACUCGCUGUUGGAAAAAUGUAUUUACGAAUUAUUUUUUACUUCUCAAACACUGGACUUCAUUGCCUUAAAUGGGCCAUUUUUUAAUUAGUAAUUUGAAUUGUUUGUACGAGCAAAUCAUAUCAUCUUAAUGAAAAGAAUGUAGAUCAAGCCUCGCUUUGAAGAAAACCCUCAAAAUGACUCGGAAAUGGGAAAUUGGUAUACAUAUGUUUUCCUUUAAAUCGUCUCCAUUCAAGGAGAAACCCAGACCCGUUUGGUUGUCUGACGAGGUAUUUUCCUGUUUUUAUUUAAUUCUUGUGAAGACCUUACAAUAGCUUGCAUAUUCUUUUAGGGAACUGGUUAUACUUCUACUUAACAAAGAAAUAUUUUCCAUCUAACGCUGAUCGAGUCUCUAAAUCUUCGCCUCUGGCAUUAAAUUCGGCGAAAUAUCUUGGUUAUCAUGAAACUCCUUAUAAUACAAGGAACAUGCUGGACACAACAGGUAAGAAUUGUUUGUGCGUCUUUUACAUAAGUUAAUGUAUCGACAUACUACGUUGAUAUACAUGUUUUCGUUCCAAGUUUUCAGACUUUCAUUAGACAUGUUUAAUUGCCCGCAUACUUGGAGGCCAAAACUUUAAUCGCAGCAGAAACUUUCCGAGCACCUCCAAUUACUUUGCCCUCUCUAAAGCUUUACACAAGCGAAAACAGAAUUGAACAGAAAAGCGCUCGAAGUAACCUCAUGAUACAAUUCAAAGCGAGGCCAUGGCGAGUCGACCAAUCAAGUCAAUCCUUUGCGAGUUAAACUCUUGAUGAUAAAGCAUUUUUCAAUUGAGCGUCGAGGGUAAUUGCAUUGAUUUGCUCUACUUCGCUCUAUGAUUGGUCUAGAAAACUUGCGCUACUUUUUCAACCAAUCAGAUGCAAAACUCAAACCAAUGACGACUUGGUCGCCCGCGUUUUCCCGCCCCUCAGGCAGUUUUGAGUUCUCAUUGGCUGCCAAAGUAUUUUCCUUUCUUCUGAUUGGCCGUUGUGACUACUUUGGGUUUGGUUUUACGACAAUCAAUCGAAAAGCGCUUUAAGGCUCUUACUACUUGUGACUUCAAUAGUUAAUUUGCUUGUUUACUUUUUCCCUCCUAUCUCAGACAGUAUCGAGAGUCUGGACGAAUCAGCUUUGACUUUGACACCCAAAGGUCCUGUGGGAAACACCAAACGCCAAUUGAACCUUUCCUACCCAGAAGCAGCCUCGACCCCAAGCAGUAAAGUAACCACUCCACGUAGGCGCUGUGGUGCUCUUACAAAAACAGGCUCAGCCUGUAAGAGAGUAAUUGCUAAUGGAGGCUUUAAAUGCACUACACAUUUACGGAUGGAUUCCAGUUAUAUCCCGGAUGAGUGUUAG